GUCAUUCAAGAUCAAUCUUCGUACGUUCUGUUGCCAUCGCUCCGUCUCCUCCGCCUGCAACAGAAAAUAAGUCUUAUACAAUACUCAAGCAAGAUAUAUCGUACAUCUAUCUCAAGCACCGAAGAAUGCAAGUCGCAAGCUCAUUCCGCAGACCUGCCUUUCCAGCAAUUCAACGAGCUACAUCUACAUCCCACUGCUACCCAUACAAAACAAGGCCUUGGGGCUCCUUGAGAAUGUCAUCGUGGACAACAGUCCCAUCCAACCCUCCCGUCUGCACACUCUCCUCCCUCGACCAUUUAGUCCUAACAGUCCAAUCCAUCCCAGCCACCAUCAACUUCUACACUCAAAUCCUAGGCAUGGCCCAUCAAUCCUUUACAUCACCUUCCGACGCCACAAGUACACCCCGGCACGCACUUUUGUUCGGCAGCCAGAAGAUCAAUCUGCAUCAAACCGGUAAGGAAUUUGAGCCCAAGGCAGCCAGGGCGUUGCCGGGGACGGCGGAUCUAUGUUUUUUGACUGAGGAGGAUGUUGGGGUUGUGUUACAGAGAUUGACUGAGAAGGGUAUUGAAGUGUUGGAAAGUGGGCAGGUGGUGAAGAGGACUGGGGCGAGGAGUGCGUUGCGAAGUGUGUAUGUGAGAGAUCCGGAUGGGAAUCUGAUUGAUAAGGAAUUUGUCGAAAAAGGCAGGUCGUUCAAAUUGAGAACAUCGAAGAGUCAAAUUGAUUGUAGUAAGACAUACCGUCAGAAGUAA